UUGGAACCGAUAUCCGAAAAUUGUGGAUCCGAUGCCAAGACUACAGCUGUGUGCCAUUUGUGCGCGAUGUCGAAGGGGACCGGAGGAGAAUCCGGACGCCAUAGAUCCGGAUGAGCUUCAUAUUGCUGAUCAUCACGUCGCUCGACUUGAACUUCAACUCGAUUUUUCCGUUUUCCUCCUACUUGUGGCUGCUGGUGGCCUUGGGCAUCCUGAUGUUCAUGGUCGGCACGCCGCUCAGGGAAAUGGGAAGGCCGCUCCUUUGCGCAAUGGUCAUCGGAAUUGUGGGGCUGUCAACGGUGGCUGCCGGGUACUACGUUUAUACACUGUAUCUUUCCGAGUUGCUGUUCUGCUGUGUCGCAGCCGGAUUACUGUUGAUUCCAUUGCUGGUCUGCGGAGCGAAGUGCCGGAAAUCUUGUCUCCCGAAUGCCAUCGCCACCUGGGUGAUUGUGAGCCUCUGUCUGCUGGCACUCUUGCCACUCGGUGUUUUGUCGCUGAUCGACGAUGAUGAACUAUACUUCCUCCUGUUCAAUGUGGUGCUCUUCAUCCUGGCGUUCACAAUUGUGCCACUCCAAGUCCGGUUCAUCCACGGCAGGAUGCACUACGUCCCAGUCGGCUAUGAACGGGCCUGCUCCCUGGGGAUCUACGCCGAUGCAUGGGUGUUCCUCUUCUGCGCCAUCAACAUUUACCUCACAACUCUAGCAUUGCUCUCGGUUCCCCAUUCUGAUCUGGGAAAGACUGCUACUUCGGUGUAAUUGUGUCGGCAGCUCACCCAAUAAAAAUGUUUCGAAUCUAA